GCCGCAGUGUAUGUCUGCUCUUUAAGAGGAGGCUCUCCUCUCAGUCUGACAACAGUCUCAUCUGGGACAGCUGGUGACACGGACGGGAUCUCUCUUGGGGAACGUUAACUCGAAGCCAUGGCUCGUCUGGAACAAGUCAUCACGAACAUUGUUGAUAUAUUUCUGGAGUAUGCUGAUGAUGGAGGCAAGAAACGCCAAUUAAACAAAGAUGAGUUCAAGAAGGUCCUGCAGCAAGAAAUACAAAGCCCUGAGUUAAAAGAUAAAAUCAGUGCAGAUGACAUUGAUGAAGCCAUUGAGUUGAUGGAUAAAAACCAUGAUGGCGAGGUCAACUUCCGAGAGUUUUGCCGGUGUGUGUGUGUACUGGCCAAAUGCUACUACCAGAAGAAGACGGGCAAGGGUGGCAAGAGAGUCAAGGGCAAAGAAGAAGAAGGUGAACAAGAAGAGUGAAGAUUAACUACAAACCCUUAAAAUGUUUGAAGCACCAUAACGUAUUUUGAAAAUAUUUUAUGGCAUAUACAUACGUGACACUGCUGAACCUGAAGACAGAUGGGGGUAUUAGACUGGUAUUAGACCAUUUGCACAUCCAUCAAGGCUUUUAUUUGUGUUCUAUUAUUGCAGUAUUCACUGUUGUCACAUCUCUGAAAACUGGUUCUCAAAAAACAUUGCUUUCAAUACUUCCUUUCAAUUAAAUAAAAACUGUGAAAUUUGA